AUGAUCGUAUGGUUCAUACCAGCUAGAGCAAGUGUCUCGACCACGCCCAAUCCUUAUGACAUGGCAACUAACUGGGAUGAAACAUACUAUGAUGGAGAUAUAUACUAUCGAUUCAUCGUACUCGGAUUCAGUCUAUUCGACUCAACUAAUGUGGAAAAUGUUCUUUCAACAAUCACAAAAGAUGUGGAGAAAGUUGACUAUUUGAGGGGAUAUGUCAAAUCAAAAGAGCCUUUUAAAGAAAAACAGAAGGAAAAAGAACUGGAUGAAUUUUGGGAAGACUUGAAAAAUGCUAAAAUCAAUGAUAAUGAAAAGUUCCUCCGACUUUCCGAGGGAAUCACUUUUUUAGGAAAAGAAGGUGGAUCUUCUAUUUUAUACAUCCGUAAAAGUUACCGUUAUAUGGAAAAAGUUAUCUUUAAAGAUAGUACAAGAAAAUUACGCAUUACUGGAAAUCCGGGAAUAGGAAAAACUUUUUUCGGUUUCUACUUGCUUUACCUGCUUUCGCAACAAACAAAUACAAGAAUUGUUUAUUCAAGUUUUACUGAACGAUCCCCGAUUAUUUUUGACGGAGAAGCCUUUACUACUGACAACCAAACCCUUAUUAAUACAUACUUGUACAACAAAGACACUUGGUAUAUUGCAGAUGGUAUAGAACCAAAGAAUGUUAAUGCCAAAACAAUUCUCGUAUGCUCUCCCAGAAAAGAACACUAUAAACGUUUUGAUAGGUAUACUGGUAGGAUAAGACGUUACAUGCCGGUAUGGACUCUCGAGGAAAUCGAAGUAUGUAGGUCUAACGUCUUUAAAAAUAUUGAUAAGAUUACUGUUGAAAAAAUGUACAAUAUGUGGGGGGGAAUCCCUCGCUAUGUAUUGGAGUUGACAGAUGAUGAUUCUCAAGCAGAACUUGAACAUGCAAUUAAUAAUGUUAACAAUAAUAUAUUAUACUUUGUUGGUGAAUCCGAAGGUGACAUUUGCUCUAGUCACAAACUCGCACACAUUUACACAAAUGAUGAUCCAGAAGAAAACGAAGAACCCUACACAAAAAUAAUUAUGCGGUUUGCAUCUGAGUAUGUGGCUGAAAGAAUAGUGAGCAAAAUUGAAGAACGUUACAAACAUGAGUUAAAGUGCUUUGUGAAAUCAAGUUCGUCAGAAAGUGCAUUCUAUUCACUCCGUGGUGCCUUAUUCGAAGAGAUUGCGCAUAGAAUAUUACAAAAAGGAGGAAAAUUCAAAAUUCGACCCUUAGACUUUACCUCUAAAGAUUCAUAUAUUGAAAUUCCAAAGCUGGAAAUGUGCUUUUAUUCUAAAAUUGAUGAGAUUGAAGUGAACAAGUACUAUCGGCCGAUUCAAAAAAAUUGGGAGUCCAUUGAUGCGAUUAUUUCUCCGAAUGUGCUCUUCCAAAUGACUGUAGGAAGUACACAUCCAGUUAAAAUGAAUGGCCUAGAUAAACUUUGUGAAAAAUUAGGCGGUAAAUUGGGAAAUAAUAAAAUCAGCUUUUAUUUUGUUCUACCGAAGGACCAGUAUGUCAAUUUCAAAAAACAAAAUUUUCACACAGCUGACAAAAAAGUCGCCAGGAAUAUAAAACGUUGGAUUAAUGAUCGCGUUAGACAAUACGCUCUGGAAAUUGAUUUGAGUUCCUGGUGA